AUGGACGCCAUACCCAUCUACCACGACGUGGCGGCCGUGCCGCCCAGCAUCGGCCACCACCACGGCGACUUCCUCACCGCAGUCCCCUCCAACCGGUCCAUGUACCGCUCCACCCUCCUCCUCCGCUGCACCUCCCUCCUCGUCGCCUCCAUCAUGCUCGGCCUGGUCGCCUUCGCCCAGCCGUCCAGUGGCGCCUCCGGCGACUUCCUCGCCGCCAGCAUCCUGUCCUAUGGCACCCCGACCGCCGUCUUCGCCCUGGGUCUGGAGCGUCGUCGACGUCCCUCGCGCUGCUCGGGGCGCGACCGCGGCUUCCGCUGGACCGCCGGACGGUCGCGGGAUCGGCCGCCCGGCCGCGACGCAGCACGCGCUUCAGCUGGGGGCCGCCCCGACUCCCACGUCGCCGCCCACCUGCUCAUCUGGGCGCCCACCUUGGCCUUCAUUGGCCUGCUCCUCGGCGCCUGGUGGACAUACGCGCGCUCCCCUGGCCGGCACCUUUAUCGCAUGAACCUGACCGCCGCCUUGAUCUUCUUCAUGUUUGUCCUCAUGACGAUCCACUUCUCGCUCUUCGUCCUCGCCUGCGUCGAGGUCGACAAGAACAGGCGGCAGUACUCGGACGUCGUCUACCUCCCGCGCGGGGACCUGCGCGAGACCGUGCCGGUGCCGCCGACGACCCCGUGGGAGCUCUUCUCGCCGAGGCGGUUGGUGCUCUCGUACUUUGCGAACCACUACGUCCGCUUCGCGACCGGGGCCGACGGGACCGUCACAGUGGCGCGGGACUACAGCAGUCGGCAGGCGAGGUUCUGA